AUGGAGGACAGACAUCAAUCGUUCGACCUAUCUGGCGCGCGGCCACGAACGACAAGCAUUAUCGGCCAAACGCCGGGUGCUGCUCCAGACAAACCAGUACCGCCGCCGCCCUGUGCUUACCCGCCGAAUCGGUUUCGACUCUCCAAGAAUGACUCCUUGCGGUAUUCUUCGCUGAGUCUUGAGACCGCUGAUAGCUCUAUUAUGAAUGAGAGCAGAAGGGCUUCAGUUGGCAUGGACAGUGUAUUUACUUCACCAGCUCUGCCUCCCUGUCCCACCUUCGUCCCUUACAGUGCCAAUGACGUUGGAAAGAGUGUUGCGUUAUACUCGCGGCCGCCAGCUCCAUUUGUUUUUCCGGCAGGCUCACUUCCGGUGGAGGUGCAGAGACUCGAGCCAGAUCGUACUUCUCCCCGCCGAAGCUUGACAGCACGCAGUCCAGUUCCCUCCAUGGAACGAACUGGCGCUCCCCCGCGGAGAAGCGAAUCCCUCAACGUACGGCCUCCUAGAAAAGAAUCUCUUCCACGCACAGACAUAGAGCGCAUCCAUCCGUUGCACAUGGUGGGCCGUAACCCGGCCCUACUACCACACUUUAGUCAGCUACAACGACACUCUGUACAUGGAAGCCAGCGACGGGAAAAUGACCCAUUCUAUGGGGGAGUAUCUCCUGGCUUCGGUCGCGGAAGUACUCCUGGGUGGAGCGUUUCACCUAUCCCAGAAUCGCAGUUGGCCCCUGCUAAUGGUUAUCUCAAGCCCCCGUUAGCCUCCGCUAUGAGAGGCGGCAACCGUCCCCGAAAAGGCCAUCGACGACAGAACUGUGUCCGGAUAGCGAUCCAGCCACCUAUUACUUUUGGAGGAACUAUGUUUGCUCCAAUGGUUGAGGAGCCGGAAGAGCUAGAUGAGUUUGACAGGCACGCAUCACAGGUGUCCGAUUUAUCGGCUUCCAAUAUCUCGUCUUUGCGCUCAAGUGUGUCCGGUUUCUCGAUGAGCCGGACCGGUUCUGACCAGCAGGGGGAUGUAUCACGCAUCACAGAGAUCUCUAGUGACAGUCGUCCACCAUCCUACCGCAACUCGACCUACUUGGCUUCAUCGAAGAAGCGGAAGCAUAGUCGAGAUGAUUCGAUAGAUAGUGUACUAAGCACGCUGAACACUGGCAUGGACAAAACCCUCCCUGAGAUUAUCACUACACUGCCCCCUAGUCUAGGAGAUAGCCUGACAGAAACUCCUUCCCCCGACAAGCCUAAUCCAGUUUGGAUGGCUCCUAAGUACAGCGGUUCGCCAACAACCUGGGAAAACGCCCCGAGUCCAGGUAGUCCUCGCCGGUCCGCCGUCAAGGGACCACGCAGCCAACCAGCCAGACCACGCCGCAAUAGCGGCAGAUCACAUUUACUCGAAAACGGCGCCAACGCGACUAGCCCACUGAUCCGCCCUCGCAGUCAGAGCUUGAAGCAUGGAUCAAACCGCAAGUCAACCGACUCUGUGCAACGUGCCAAAAGCACCGCCACCGGCUCACCGCGACAUCACAGUCAACAGAUGAAUGAACAGGAGAAGCCGGCUACGGGAGGCUCAUUCCCUACAGAACAGCAAAGAUACACGCAGCCGCCCGAACGUCCCCCUUCCCGCAGUUCCAGCAGAGCUGGGAACCGCAUCGUCCCCAUAUGGGAGGAUCACGAUCGCGCCCCGAGCUGUUGUCCCACCAAAAAAUCAGCAAUAUCCAUUAUCUCCGAAGAGUCCGGGCCUGCAGAACUCCACGGUGAAUCGUCGCCUCGGAAGCCAGAACAUCUGAAGAGUGCGCGACCGGAAUUCUCGACACCCGUCAAGAAGACGGUGGGAUUGGGCAUUGGCGCUGCGACGCCAGGAAGUCUUUAUGAUGGGGACGGAUUUUUGAAAGAAUAA